AUGGGCAUCACCACCCACCAAAAUAUCCAACCCGCGCAGGGCGGCGUGAAGAUCACCAACGACCCCCCGAAGGGCCUCAGGGCAAACCUUCUAGGCAGCUACCUCUCCGACCCCGUGUCCGACCCCGCCUUUUUCGACGGCUGCGCGCGGCCGGGGGAGUUCAAGAAGCUGCUCUUUGGGCUCUGCUUCUUCCACGCGUUCGUGCAGGAGCGCCUCAAGUUCGGCCCCUUGGGCUGGAACGUGCCGUACCAGUUCUCCGCCCCGGACUUUGCCAUAUCGGCGCGCCAGCUGCUGAUGAUGGUCAACGAGGCCCCGCCAGACGCGCUGCCCCUAACGGCCCUAAGAUACCUGACCGGCGAGUGCAACUACGGCGGCCGCGUCACAGACGAGCACGAUAGGCGGUCGCUGGCGGCGGCGCUGGGGCUCUUCUACUGCCGGGACGCACUCGAGGAGGGGUACAGGUUCAGCGGCUCCCCACUGUACUUUGCGCCGCCAGAGGGGCCACACGAGUCGUACACAGCCCUCAUCAAGGCGCUGCCCUCCGCCGCGCCGCCAGAGGUCUUUGGGCUGCACGCCAACGCUGACAUCACCCGUGACCGCCAGGAGGUGCAGCAGCUGCUGGAUAGCCUCCUCGCAACACAGGGCAGCGGCGGCGGCGGCGGCAGCAGCAGCAGCACCGCAGCGCCCGCCACCUCGAACAGCGGCAGCGGUAGCGGCGGCCCGACGGCGGCCGCCCUCAGCAGGGGCAGGGACGAGGUGCUGUCGGACCUGGUCGCUGACGUGUCGCGGCGGUUGGCGCGGCCCUUUGACAUCGAGGCGGCGCGAUACAAGUAUCCUGUUGAUUAUUACGAGUCCAUGAACAGUGUGCUGUGCCAGGAGCUGGUGCGGUUCAACAGGCUGCUGGAGCCCACACGCAGCAGCAGCAGCAGCAGCAGCAGCAGGGGCAGCAGCGGCAGCUGCAGCAGCUGCAGGAGCGUCAUCCACUCCAGCCUGGCUCAGCUGGCCGCCGCCCUGAGGGGCGAGGCCCUCCUGAGUGAGGAGCUGGACAGGGUGGGGGCGGCCAUGUUCGACGGAAAGGUCCCUGCCCUGUGGAUGGCGGCCUCCUACCCCUCCCUCAAGCCCCUGGGGCCGUACGUGUCAGACCUCUGCGAGCGCGUCACGAUGAUGUCAGACUGGCUGGCACAUCGGCCGCCCCCGGUGUUCUGGCUGGGAGGCUUCUUCUUCACGCACGCAUUCCUCACGGGCGUCAAGCAGAACUUUGCGCGCCGCCACAAGGUUCCGAUAGACACGGUUGAGUGGGAGUUUGUGUGCGGCAGCGGCAGCGGCGACAGCGGCGGCGGCGGGGAUGGCGGCGGGGAGGGCGGUGCAGCGGUCGUGGAGGCGCCGGCGGAUGGGGCGUUUGUGAGGGGGCUGUUCUUGGAAGGGGCGCGGUGGGACGGCGCUGCGGGCUGCCUGGAGGAGAGCGAGCCCAAGGUGCUCUUCUCCCAUGCGCCCCUCAUGCUACUCAAGCCCGUCUCCUCGGCGCUGACGGGCGCUGACGUCACCGCCAGCGCCGCGCACGCGCGGCGCCACCCCCACGAGUACGAGUGCCCGCUGUACCGCACCCCGGAGCGGCGCGGCGUGCUCGCCACCACGGGCCACAGGUGCGUAGCUCUCACGUGCUUAGAGCCCCACCACACCUGGCUUAUCCCUCCUCUAGAAAAAUCACACCUGGAGGCGCGACGCUGCGACACCUGA